AGUUGUGCGCAAGCUCAGUUAUACCCUGCAUGUUCCCCUCUUGCUGAUGUUGCACUAGAAAUAUGAACAUUUCGACCAAGUGUUUAAUUUUCAUAUUUUGAGUGGUAGUCAGCUGUGAAGCCACCAUGAAAACAAGAUUUGCCACUGUGGAUAUCAGGGCAGUUAUUGCCGAGAUCAAUGCCAAGUAGGUGUAAAGAUCUACAGCCUCGAGUUUGGCAGCUAAGCUAACCAACGUUGUUGUUGAUUUUGUGGAUCAAUUAUUUAUUUAUUUUACUUUUUUUCUAUUGCAGCUAUAUAGGUAUGAGAGUCAAUAAUGUGUACGACAUCGACAAUAAGACGUACCUCAUCCGGCUACAAAAGUAAGAACAACUGAAGUUCCUCUGUGUGUGGAUUUUUCUUGUUUUUGUGGGCCAGUACUCAUAUAAUAACUAAAAUCUUGUGUAAAGUAAGCUCAUUGCAGCAAUCUUCCUCUGUUGAUGUAAUAUUUGGUGAUUUACAGAUGCAGUCUCAUUGUAUUAGCCAUAUGUGUUGUUUAAUACAUUACAAGAUUUGAGAUUUUGUAGCUUCUCUCCACCAACAUUGAGUUUUUGGUGCAAAGACAAUUAGAAACAAAAUCCUGUUGUAAAAAGUAAUGACAUGACCAGGCAGGUUUUUUAAUCAACCCUCCAAAUGUCAGAGAUAAUUAAAAAAUGAUUGAGGUACAGUAUGGAGAAAAUCACUACUAAAAUGUUCAAUAAAAGUUACAUUCAGCACCGUUUGAUAUCUGAGGAGAAGCCUGACACCAAAAUAUAAAAUAAAACAAAUCAUUAUAAAUCAUGACUUUCUUACAGGACCUCCUAAUAAUGACAAGAUAGAUACAUACUUUAUUGAUCCCGAAGGAAAUUCAAGGACUGUGCUCAAUAUGAAUUAGGUUUCUGCCAGUUUUCACAAUGAGGUAUCUUCUCUUGUUUCAGGCCUGACAGCAAAGCCGUUCUCCUGAUCGAGUCUGGGACCCGUAUUCACUCCACAGACUUCGAAUGGCCAAAGAACAUGAUGCCUUCAGGCUUUGCAAUGAAAGUAAGAAGCCCUGUCUUAUUUUUUUGUGAUACAAGUCGGGUGGAUGAGUGAUUCUUGUGUUUUACCACCUGAUUUGAUAUCUAUCAGUAUCACUGAAGGCCUUGUGAGGAGUUUAAAACUGGUUAUGGUAUUGACUAAAUUUGCACUGUUGCCUCCACAUGAUCUUUUAAAGCCAAAGAGAUGAUAUGCAAGGAGAUUGUUUCCGUCAGUGGAGCACUUUUUAAUGUUUUUAGCCUAAACAUUGCAAAGAUUGCCUCUGAGGGAUACAUUUGACUCUCUAUGUUAAAAAACACGACUGGCACAUGAACAGGACAAGAGCAGCAAAGAGAUGGGACUUCAUGCUUUGUGCAUAGGAGAGUGCCAAAAUUUCCACAAACCAAAAGUUCUUCCCAGGGGCUUUACCGCCUCAGUACAACUGUGUCUGUUUGCUAACCUCUCUCAGAUCCGUAAUUCUAUUUGUGCUUUUGUUGUGUUGAACUAAUUGUUAAAAUCACAUUCCUCCACAGUGUCGUAAACACCUGAAGACACGGCGGUUGACUCAGGUUAAGCAGCUUGGGAUUGACAGGAUUGUUGACAUCCAGUUCGGGUCAGACGAGGCUGCCUACCAUUUGAUUGUUGAACUCUAUGACCGGGUGAGAAAAUACGAUGAGAGGUUUGUCAAGCCUUUGCUGCUCAGCCCUGAUCCAAACCACGACACUGAUGCUUGUCUCUGUGUAUUUGUCUGUAGGGUAACAUCAUUCUUGCAGACCAUGAGUACACUAUCCUCAACCUGCUGCGGUUUCGCACUGCGGAGGCAGAGGAUGUAAAAAUCGCUGUGAGGGAGCGGUAUCCUGUUGAGAGCGCUCGACCCCCUGAACCUUUAAUAAGUUUAGAGAGGUAUCAAUACUUAAACAUGAGUUUGGCAACCAUCAGAAUGUGAUUAAUGUUUAUUAUUCCUAAAAAGAACAACCUCUCAUGUCCCUUUUCUUUAGACUCACUGACAUCCUCAGUAAAGCACAAAACGGGGAUCAGAUAAAAAGGGUCCUGAACCCUCAUCUCCGUAAGUAGCCAGGCAUCAGUUCUGGAUAUUUACUGUGACCAAUUCACAAAAAAUUUCCUGUAGUUUAAAUAUACUAGACUUCCUCGUGAUGUAUUUCAACAAACUAAACAUGUUUGGUGUCAUUUUCAAACACCUCCCCAGCCUAUGGAGCCACCGUGAUAGAGCACAGCUUGAUCGAGGCAGGUCUGCCAGGCUCAGUCAAAGUUGACAGCCAAGUUGAGGCUUCUCAAGGUAAAAUAAUGCAGUAAGAGUUUUAAUCUAUAAUGUUGCUAUUUUUAUAAAUGGCUGAAUAGACUAUUCUAUCCUGCUGAUUCUUCAGUCGCCCUGAAAAUCCUGGAAGCCCUGCAGAUUGCUGAGACAUACAUGGAAAAAACAGAGAACUACAGUGGCAAAGUAAGAGGUCUCGUUUAAGCAGAUAUAUACUGAGGUGAUAUUCUUUCAAUCCCUGUGACGGAUUUGAGGUUUUCAUACACUUUGCUUUUCAUUUCAAGGGCUACAUCAUUCAAAAGAGUGAGAAGAAACCAAGUUUAACUCCUGGCAAACCCGCUGAAGAGCUGCUCACGUAUGCUUCUUCUGUUCAGUGAAAAUGUUGACAUGCCGCACACAUUUGAAGCCAGAAUUAAUGUGAGGCAAUGAUGUGCAUUUACAGAUAUGAUGAAUUCCAUCCAUUCCUCUUUGCCCAGCAUUCUAAGAGCGCAUAUCUGGAGUUUGAAACUUUUGACAAGGUAAAUAUCAGCAUACCUGGCUAUGCGGUUGUAUCUUCUGGUUGUUUGAGUUAGAGUAUUGUUUCUUUUGUGAUGGAAAUCUCCUUUAUCUUCUCAAUCAGGCUGUGGAUGAGUUCUUCUCUAAGAUGGAGAGUCAGAAGAUUGACAUGAAAGCCCUGCAGCAGGAGAAACAAGCUCUGAAGAAGCUGGAAAAUGUGAAGAGAGACCACGAGCAGAGACUGGAGGCGUUGCACCAAGCACAGGUUUAAAUUGGUUUAAAAUCUCAGCUUUUUUUUUUUUUACCUGCUUUUCCUUAUUUUCAAAAAUCUGAAAUUUAAAAUCCUUUCCAUGAUCACUCUGCUAAAAUCUAUGUUGUCUUGUUUUGCAUGUCGCAGGAGGUAGACAGAAUAAAAGGUGAGCUAGUGGAGAUGAAUCUGCCUAUAGUUGAGAGGGCGCUGCAGGUUGUGCGUAGCGCCCUGGCAAAUCAAGUGGACUGGACUGAGAUCGGCAUUCUGGUCAAAGAAGCUCAAGCAGCCGGAGACCCAGUGGCCUUUGCUAUCAAGGAGCUGAAGCUGCAGACCAACCACAUCACCAUGCUUUUGAAGUGAGACCGCUCAGACUAAUGAUACAAAAACUCCGGUACUUAAGACCAUCUGGGCUGAUGUGUGUCCUUUCCGUUUAAGGAAUCCGUAUAUCUCUGAGGAGGACCAGGAAGAGGAAGAGAAGACAGAUGUGGUAGAGGAGAAAGGAAAGAAGAACAAAAACAAAGAUAAAGGGCAGAACAAGAAAGCGCAAAAGAACAAGCCCAUGUUAGUGGACGUGGACCUCAGUCUGUCAGCUUAUGCAAAUGCCAAAAAGUACGUACAAGGAAGACAACAUGUGCAAAAGUCCGUUGAAAGAGUUGUGAUGCUAAUGGGAAUGUUUUAUUGUGCUGUUUAGAUACUAUGACUUCAAACGCAGUGCUGAAAAGAAAGAACAUAAAACAAUUGAAGCAGCUGGUAAGGUAUGAAUAUGGCUUUUUUCCUGCACUUUAGAUUUUAUAACCACCUUCUUUAAAAAGACCAAAUGAGCAAACCCGAAAUUCAAUCUUCUUUUCCAGGCUAUGAAAUCUGCAGAGAAAAAAACACAGAAAACAUUAAAAGAGGUUCAGACAGUGACCACCAUUCAGAAGGCAAGGAAAGUCUACUGGUAAGACAAACAUCACAUGAUCAACCUGAACUUGUGCAAUAUUUGUAUACGCCCGAGACGAACCUUCUCUCUCCUCGCAGGUUUGAGAAAUUCUUAUGGUUCAUCAGUUCGGAGAAUUAUCUCGUCAUCGCUGGAAGAGAUCAGCAGCAGAACGAGAUGAUUGUGAAACGCUACCUCCGCGCGGGUAAGGACUGAUCUCCUACAACCUGAAGAGACAUCCGGCUGAGCUCUUUAGUUCCUCAUGUGUACCUUCAUUUCAUCAGGUGACGUCUAUGUUCACGCUGACCUCCACGGGGCGACGAGCUGUGUCAUCAAAAACCCCUCAGGUAAAAUAAGUGGUUUCUCUUCUUUCUUAAAUAUUUGACUUCAUUUGAUCAGUUUGUUUUCUCUCCACUCCGCCCUGUCUCUCCAGGUGACACCAUCCCUCCUCGCACCCUGACAGAAGCCGGCACCAUGGCUGUAUGCUACAGUGCUGCUUGGGAUGCCAAGAUCGUCACCAGUGCUUGGUGGGUUCAUCAUCAUCAGGUGAGUUAAUGACAUUCUCAAGCUUCUUUGUCUCUCACGUUGUCAACAUUUUCCACGUUUCUUCCUAUGAAAACGAAAAAACAUUGGUAGUAAAGUAUUUUACAGAAAAUACAGCGUAGUAAGACAGAUACGUAAAGGGAUAUUCCUGCAUCAAACACACUGUGACACCAAGUUAGACACCCUGAGUGGCUUUUGGGUUGAGCGCAUGGCUCCCAAGCCUGCUGUGUAUGGUAUAUAAGUUGGUAUAACUAGAGAAGCAAGCGGUCGGCAACAUUCAUCUCUCGACGGGGGUGUCUAACUCGAUGUUAUGGUGUGUUUGACCCUAACUUAAUUCUACGCUGGAAUAUCCCUUUAAAAAGGAAAAAAAAAAGAGUUAUAUUUUUGCCAACAAGCAGUCAGGAAAACAUCUUUUUAAUCUUUUCUGGAUGCAAAAUAACUGUCAGAAUUUUCAAAGCAGUGGAUUUAAAAGUGAUAUUUGCAUCAUCAUGUGAUGGUUCAGCUGAUUUUUGUAUUGAUAUCGUUUUGAAUGUGAAAUUCCUGCAUUAUUUCAACGAACAAAACAGACUCUCUAAAAAAAAAAAAAUCCAGUUUAUUCUCCAACUAUUUGCAAAAAGUCCAUUGGGUCCCUUUAAUUCCAGCUUUUAGAAAUGUUGACACAGACAACACGUUUCAUGAUAUUUACAAUGUACAUUUCUUUAGCUGCAACGUUGGCAAUAUCCUAAUUACUGACGCAUUUAGUAAUUUUUGUAGGUGUCGAAGACGGCUCCAACUGGAGAGUACCUGACCACUGGGAGUUUCAUGAUCAGAGGUAAAACAUAUCCACACAGAUAUUUAUACUUUAAGGCACUUUCAGUGUGAGAAGUGAUGACGUCUAACAGAAGGUCAAACAUUUGUCACCAGGAAAGAAAAACUUUCUGCCACCUUCUUACUUGAUCAUGGGCUUUGGAUUUCUCUUUAAGGUGAAGUAACAUCAUGAACACACCUCAAACUAUUUAUAAAAAAAUAUCUAAAAUUUACGUUUUUCUCUUUGCAGGUUGAUGAUGACAGUGUGUCAAGGCACAAAGGUGAGAGAAAGGUGAAGACAGUGGAAGACGACAUGGAGGAGGUAACGUCCACGACUGACGAGCUGCUAGUGGAAGGAGAGGAGCUGAUCGGUAGGAGACGUUAGAUUGUGUUUUCGUUUACUGUUUCUACCACAUUCGGCUGAUCCAGUUGUCUUUGCAGGUGAUGACAGCAGUAAUGAAGAUCAGGGGGAAGACACAGGAGACAAGGAGAGGGAUGAAAACAUGGAGGAAGGAGAUGAUGGUGGAAGUGAAGAACUGGCUGCUGUUCCUGAGGAGAGAGACAUGGAGGCAGAGGCUGUGGAAGAAAGCGAGGAGGAGGGAGAGAUGAAGAAAGAAGACAGCGAAGAAUUUAGUUUCCCAGAUACAACCAUCUCCCUCUCACAUUUACAGCCCAGCAGGUAAGAAUCUGCUUCAAACACAUCAGACAGUAAGGGUGCUGAAAUAUGGUGCUCAAUGACAUAAUUUCUGCUUUUCUCCAGAAGCGCUGAGACACCUGGUUUCAAAAGGGAGGUGACAGCUCAGGUAAUAACUACUCUCCUCUACUCGAGUGAUGCCAUUUAAAUAAAACGCAGAAAGGUAAAACUCCUCAUACUGAUAUUAAUGUAUUUAUCUUCCCUCAGGUUGAGGCAGACGCACAGGGGAAGAAACACAUGACUGCCAAGCAGAGAAGGUUAGUUUACGGAAUAAAGUACAGCCAUUUACUUAUCGAACAUAAACCAUAAAUCAAGAGGCUGUCAGAAACCAGCACUGAUAAGAAGACAUGUAGUGCUUGACUAGAUUCGAGGAGCUGUUUCUUUACUCAACAUUAAACGGAGAGGAAUGUCGAUGAUGUUGCCGGUUUUACCCUCAGAUAUUCUACUAUCUUUCCAACAGAGAAGAGAAGAAGAAGAAGCAGAAACAGGAUGGCUGUGACUUGGAGGAGAACACUGAGACUUCAGCAGGAGGAUCCUCAGCCGAUCAGGGAUCCAAAGGUAGAGGAGGCCCCUCCCAGCAACCUCUGAAGAGAGGCCAAAAGGUACGAGCUCGGAGAUAACAUGUCCUGCUCACAAGAGCUAUUCCAAACAGACUGAUAGGACUGAUGAUAAUGGUACUACUACCUGUGCUAAAUGCACCCGUGUUUACAAAUGCAGAGAUUUAAAGAGAAGUAUCUUAUCACUGCUUCUCAUAAACCUCAUUCUGACGUGAAAAAAGGUGCUGAAAAUUGUCUCAAAAGUACCUGAAUGAGGUGUACGUGUGAACACAGACAGCUUAGUUUUCAGCUACACAACAUUAAAAUGCAUGCACACAUAUUUCAUUCAUCUAUUUUUGUACAUUUUCAGUUUUCUUAUAUUUUCAUCAUGGAAAAAAUUCACUACUUAUCAACUCACCACUCCCAGACCUUAUACUAGGAUCACUUUUACUGCUCUAUGGGGCAGAUUUUAGACCUGUCUGUUAUUUAAAUAAGAUUGCAGAUACAGUUUGAAGGACUAAAAACAGCAUAACCUGUGAUUGGUGUCUUUACAGAACAAGUUAAAGAAGAUUAAAGAGAAGUACAAGGACCAAGACGAGGAGGACAGGGAGCUCAUGAUGCAGCUGCUCGGAGUAAGACAUAGCUAUCCAUGGCACAGUUACUUCACCUCAGCUUUACUCAGUCGUCGUGUGAAAUAACACCAUGACUGCUUUCCUUAGUCAGCUGGUUCCAACAAGGACGAAAAGGAUAAGGGGAAGAAAGGAAAAAAAGGGAAGGGGAAAGAGGAAACCUUCAAGAAGCCUGCGCCUCAGAAACAACCUCAGAAACCUCGAAAUGCAGCGACAGCAGCGAAGAAACCAGAGCAGACAGAAGGAGGGGAGGACGAUGAGGGGAAACAACCUGGAGGGGAAGGAGAAGCUGCUGAGCAGGAGGACAAGGUACAAGAUGAUAAUGCAACUCUGAAUGUCCGGAGUGUAUUUUUUAUUAUCUGUUAUGAGAAGUUAUGGUCAGUGAAAUAUUCCAUCGUCUCGUGCUUCAGUUGUGAUAUGUGUUAAUUUAUCAUCAAUGUUGUUUACUUUCCAGGAAGAUGAUGUGGACCAGGACAACCCUGGAGUGGAGGUAUAAUCUGUUGUGAAAACCUGUACAAAAACUCCUACAAAGAGAUGAGUCAGCAACUAUUUUUAGGAUGAAUGUUUGCUUGUUGUUGGUGCUGACUCAAGCAUUAGUCUGAUUGAAUUUUUCAGGAAGCAGAAAACCUGCUCACCUCUCUGACAGGCCAGCCUCACGCUGAAGAUGUGCUGCUGUUUGCUGUGCCCGUCUGUGCUCCAUACACUGCGCUCUCCAACUACAAGUACGUGCACUUUACCUUUUUGAUGAGGGGAUAAAAAAACAAAAACAAAGUGCAGCUUUUACAGGCUAAAUGAGUCAUUUCUGCUCCACAGACACAAGGUGAAACUGACACCUGGUACUCAGAAGAAGGGCAAAGGUAAAAAUAACGACAUCUGUCUUUAUGCUCACCCAGUGAAACAGACUGAUUCUGGGUCUGACUUUGGUGUUAUUAUUUUCCCAUCAGCUGCUCGUACUGCAGUGCUCAGCUUUACGAAAACUAAAGAGACCUCAACCAGAGAGAAAGACCUCUUCCGCAGUGUGAAGGUAAGCGGUCCCACUGCUCUUUCUUCUACUCAACAAAAAAACUGUUGUAUUCGAGGUCAUAAGUAAUGCUACAGUUAGUUAAAACAUCAGAUACACCUUUAUACUCUUAACUUAUAGCAGUUACAUUUAAGCAGUCUGAGCAGCCUAUUACUCCUUAGCCGUCCCUGUUUCCUACUCUAUCCACUGUCCCGUCUUCUCUAAAUAAAAGCCUAAAAUGAUGAUUUAAAGAUAGUUUCUAAGCUACAAAUGUAUUAAAAAGCAACACUUGCAUGCCUUAGCUUAUAAAAGUCAAUAGGAUAUGUAAUAAUUAGGCAUUUGAAAAAGAAUUUAGUGGUUAUGUUUGUUGUAUCAGUCUUGAUGAUGGCUUGUUUGCUUUUUAGUUGUUACAAUUGAAACUCCUCCAACACCUCCUUUCUUUUUCAGGACACUGAUCUAUCUAGAAACAUGCCGGGCAAAGUGAAAGUAUCCGCUCCGAACCUGCUGGCUGCAAAAAAGAAAUGAUUUUUAAUUCUUAAGACUAAUUGUAUGUUGACCAAUUUGUUUCAAAUAAACACAUGUAAAUGAACAAAGAUGCACACACCACCACUUAUAGUAUGUGUUUAUUCUUUAAGUACAAAGUAACAUGACACAAUAUAUUCUACAAUAAAAAACACCAAGAAAACUUGUGCAAACCAGGCAAAUACAAACAAAGCCCCACUGACAUUAGGCAUUUCAGUGCAACGUGGUUCAACAUCCGACACGCUCACAUUGUAAGGUAUUGAUAGAAUCAAAAUGCUACAGGAGCCACCCAUGAGAAUUUUAACGCUUUGACAGCCCCUUUAUAGAAAAGAAAAAAGUCACAUUUCUUCACAAAUACAUAAAUUAAAAUGCAUAAAUAAAAGCAAAGAUCAA